AUACAAAAAUGGCCCCAAGCUCAUUAAUAUGCAUAAAGUGAUCUCACACCCCCCAAAACAACAAGCUACAAAACAAACUUCAAAACUAAAGUGUUCACAAAAAUAAUCAAUUACUGAAGUAGCUUCUAAAGUAAUUUAAAACUUGCUUAUGUUUUGGGUUAAAAAAUUACAGUCAGUUACCUGAAGUCUUUCAUAGCUGGAGACUGGAGAAUUGUGUUUCUGUUCACUGGUGCCUCAUGUCCUUUCUCUGAGGGGAGUGAGUGGGGUUGCCUUUCUGUCAUUAUACCAAGAACUGGAAGGUGUCUGUGCAGGACAAACGAUCACAGCAGCCAGCAUGAGCAGUAAUGGAAUAUUCCAACAUACAGCUUGCAACAAAAGUCAUCAUAGUUAUGAAGAGAAACUUCAAAGCAGCUCGGAGCAUUUGUCUCCAGGGCUCAUGACAGACCUGAGAGAAGAAGGAAAAGAACAGGUUAUGGAUAAUGAAACACCAGAGAAAAAGUGUGUUGAAGAGGUUCUGGAAGGGGUGUCUUUGGCACCAGCUCAUUGCCUUUGGACCACAGAGGCGAAUGGAUCAGUGCGACUCAGAAUUGAUGAACUUUGCCCUCAGGAACCCAUCACAGUGCAUCAGAUGUUCAUGACCUCAGUUCAGAAAUACGGAAAUUUGUUUGCCCUGGCAACUAAAAGAAAUGAUAAAUGGGAAAAGAUCACAUUCUCCGAAUACUACCAUUUAAGCAGGAUGGCUGCCAAGAGCUUUCUAAAGUUGGGCCUAGAGCGUUUCCACAGUGUGGCCAUUUUAGGAUUUAAUUCAGAAGAGUGGUUCCUUUCUGCUGUAGGAGCUGUUUUUGCAGGGGGUUUAAUGACAGGGAUCUAUGCCACAAACUCACCAGAAGCCUGCCUUUAUGUGGCUAGUGACUCAAGAGCAAAUGUCAUUGUAGUUGAGAACCAAAAGCAGCUGGAUAAAAUUUUGCAGAUAAAAGAUAACCUAACACAUUUAAAAGCGAUUGUGCAGUAUUCCGGGCCACUGCAGAAAAAAAUGCCCAAUCUCUAUUCAUGGGAGGAAUUCAUGGGUUUUGGAGUGGACAUUUCUGACAAAUCACUUGACGACAUUAUUGACAGUCAGAAAGCCAACCAAUGCUGUGUACUCAUCUAUACCUCGGGAACCACAGGCAUGCCAAAAGGAGUUAUGCUCAGCCAUGACAAUAUUACAUGGACAGCUCGCCAUGCUAGUCAGGCUGGUGACAUGCAGCCUGCUGAGGUGAAACAGGAAACAAUAGUGAGCUACCUGCCAUUGAGCCACAUUGCUGGUCAGAUCUAUGAUCUGUGGACAGGGAUCCAGUGGGGGGAGCUAGUCUACUUUGCUCAGCCUGAUGCUUUGAAGGGGAGCUUAAUAACCACUCUUAGAGAGGCCAGCCCUUCAUCACAUAUGGGAGUUCCCCGUGUUUGGGAAAAAAUAAUGGAGAAAAUAAAAGAGGAGAUUUCUCACAGUGCAUACAUGAAAAAGAAACUUGUGACCUGGGCCAUGUCAGUUAUCUUGGACGCAAAUCAAAGGUCCACAAAGGAUGAAGAGAAAUCAUUUGUCUUCACUCUAGCAGAUUCCCUUGUCAUGGAGAAACUUCGUGCUGAACUAGGCUUCUCUCGUUGUCAAAAAUUCUUCUCUGGUGCAGCUCCCAUUGGAAGCGAUACUAUGCAAUUCUUCCUUGGCCUCAACAUCUGGAUAUAUGAGGUCUAUGGGAUGAGCGAGAGUGCUGGACCUCACUUUAUGUCUGGCCCCAAGGCCUGCAAACUCCUAAGUUGUGGUAAAGUAGUUCCUGGCUGCAGAUGUAAACUAGCCAAUAUAGAUGCAGAUGGCAUUGGGGAGGUGUGCUUUUGGGGGCGUAACGUUUUCAUGGGGUAUCUCAACAUGGAGGAUAAGACAAUGGAAGCCUUGGGUGAGGAUGGCUGGCUACGUUCUGGAGACUUGGCCAAGAUGGAUGAGGAAGGAUUCCUUUACAUCACUGGAAGGAUAAAAGAGUUAAUAAUUACUGCUGGUGGAGAGAAUAUUCCUCCACUCCCCAUAGAGCAAGCUGUGAAAAGGGAGAUACCCAUCAUCAGCAAUGCUAUGCUGAUAGGGGACAAGAGAAAGUUUCUAUCCAUACUUCUCACACUCAAGUGUGUCACCAAUCCUGAAACCAUGGAGCCUACUGAUAACCUUAGCUUGGAGGCUGUGGAAUACUGUCAGCAGCUUGGAAGCCAAGCAAGAAAUGUUUCAGAUAUAAUAGGUGGGAGAGACAAGGUGGUGAACCACGCCAUUCAAGAGGGAAUUGAUCGGGUCAAUGCAAAGGCCACUUCCAAUGCCCAACGAAUUCAGAAAUGGACCAUCUUAAGGAAAGAGUUUUCAGGCUCCGGAGGAGAGUUAGGCCCAACAAUGAAACUGCGACGACCCAUUGUCCUAAAGAUGUACCAGAGUGAGAUCGAGACCUUCUACCGAGAAUGAAGGAAAAAAGGAGCUUAGUACAAUCUAGAGGGAACUGUUGAUUCUAACAGACCAAACAUCUUUUUUGUCAUAAACAUCUUGAAAUAGGACUUAAACUUUAAACUAAUGUUAGUAAUGCUAAGUGCCUUCAGUUUGUAGUCUCCUAUUUUAGGAUUACAAAAAUGCUUGUUGGAUGUACUUGCAGUAUAUAAAAUAUAAGCUUUUACUUCUCAGCCUAUAACAAGUAAUCAAGUAAAGAGUUUGUGUAAGGGUCGGUUAUAGGUAAGUAAUAUUUAUAGCUGUGGUCACAUCUGAUGCAUAUGAUCUGCUAACAUCAAUGGAAACAAUGGAAAGUAUAACUAUUCCUGUGUCUGUGUGAGAUUUAGCAACAUGUAUUUCCAACAUAGUCCUGUUUCAGUUAGAAUUACUCUGCUUUGAAACACAGAAAUGGCUUUUUGAAUCCUACUGAAUCAUUCUAAGAUUUAUGGCUGAUUCAUUAGCUACUUCAUGGAUAUAUAUAUUUAAAUGGUAAUCAUUAAGUACAAUUAGCAAACUACCUUUAGACAGCAAAGACCAGCAAGUAUUUACAUUCAAAAUAUCUAUAACUUUAAUGAAUUUGAUCUUUUAUAUAUUGAAUGAGAAUAUGCUUGCUAUUAACCGAAUUACAAAUUGGUAUAGGCAUUUUAAAAUACAGACAAGAAAUACAAGCAAUAAAUAAAAG